GGUGGCAGAAAGUUGCAAAGAGAAAAACAUGCUAGUCCAUAAUAAGGUUCGUCAUUUGAACAUAAUGUCAACGUACAAUGAUUCGUUUCCUGUUUCAAUCUACAAUUGCAAAGGAUUACGGACUCUGGUAAUUUCUACUAGGAAACUUCCUCCGUUACCCUCGGACUCAUUUUCAAAAUUGAAAAGCAUUAGAACAUUAAAGUUGAAUAAAAACUCAAUCAAAGAAGUUCCCGAAAGUAUUGGUGGACUAGUACAUUUGCGGUACCUCGAUUUAAGUCAAAAUAGGGAAUUGAAAGAAUUACCCAAUUCUGUGGGUAAUUUAUUCAAUCUGGAAACAUUGCGUCUCAUUGAGUGCUUUAAACUUGGAGAACUACCGGUGAGCUUAAGAAAGUUGGUUAACUUAAAGCAUCUUUAUAUUAUGGGGUGCGGUGUUAUAAAAGUACCAAAAGAGAUUGGAAGAUUAAGAAAUCUGCAAAUCUUAGAUUACUUGUAUCUUAAAGACGGUGGCGAGGAUGAUGAAGGAAUUUUCAAAUUAGGGGAUUUGGGAAACUUGGAGCAGCUUCAAGGGAGCCUUUACAUAGCAAACUUGAAGUCAGCGAAAGAUGGGAGUGAGGCUAAAAAUGCAGAAUUGGUGAACAAGAAGAACCUCCUUCAUUUGAGUCUACAUUUUGGGCGCGGCUCUGUUAGAGAUCCGAAGAGAGCUGAGGCGGAUUUAAAGGAUAAAGAUAUACUGAAGGGCUUUCAAGUGCAUACAAAUCUGGAGUCGUUGGCUAUCUAUGGGCACCAUAGUCCCAAACUGUGUCCCAGUUGGAUGAUGAGCUGUCAUAAUCUGAGAAAGCUUGUAUUCUAUGAGGUUCCAUUUUGUGGGGUUUUGGCUCCUCUGGGAAAACUCCGGUCCCUUGAAUAUUUAACGAUAUGUUGGAUGAAGAGUGUGAAAAAGGUGGGAGUUGAAUUUUUGGGAAUAACUGGCGAAACACCGCAAACAUUAAUAAAGUCGUUUCCGAAAUUGAAAGAACUCAUACUUGGAGAAAUGGAUCAGUGGGAAGAAUGGGAAGGAGUAGAAGAAGAGGAUUCUCAAAUUACAAUAAUGCCAUCUCUUUUAUUCUUGUCAAUCUUGUACUGCGAUAAGCUGAAAGCACUGCCCAACUUCCUAUGGAAGACCCCGCUGCGGGAAUUGAGAAUCUGCGACACGAGAUGUGGAACGGAGUGGGUGAAAAAGGCGUCUCAAGUCCAAAACAUCGAAAUUAAUGGCGAGUUUGUGAAAAAAGACGGAGUUCAAAUGGAGGUGCCUGCCUAUCUGAUCCACCUCCUGGGCUAAAAUGGUAUAAACACAUUCCUUGAUGACUUUUGAUCAUUCUUUGAUCCUUUGGAAUAAGGAGAAUCAACACAGCACUGACAGCAGGUCUUUAUCUAGUAUGUUUCUUUUGAGGUGUUCAGUUCGCAGGUUCCUUAUGGUACGUAAUUGACUUGGCAGCUGCCCUUGUUCUAAUUCGAGCAGGGUCUUUACUUGGGACAAUAACCUGGUGCAAAUCAUGGAUGCAUGGAUGUCAUCUCCUCAGUCCUCACAAGGAUCAGCUUUACUUUCUGUGGCUCUGGAUCUUUCUGGUUUAUUUAUCUAUUCCGAAAGUUUUCCUUCUUCUUCCUCCUGACCUUUUUCUGUCCAGUUAUAUGCUUCAAUAUUUGUUGUCAUUUUUUUAUGGCCCUGAAUAUGGAAGAAACUGAACAUGAUGAAUUGAUCAAAUUCUUUCAGGUCCGUCAAACUUGACACAUCUGAGCUUUAGAAGAAACGAUGCAGUUCUUCGCAUGGAAUUAGUAGCUUCGGUUGCUGUAAUUAACUUGAUCAAGAUGGAAUUGGACAGAGUCAGAGUGUCAUGAGAUCCAUAGAAGACUUGCUCAUCUCCAAGUGUCUAAAACGACCACCAUGUUUGUGGAGACUCUGUCAAGUGGAAAUUACUUCAGUUUCUUAAUGCACCUGCAAAACAUAUCUGCAGGAGCAGCAUAUUUGAGAAUUGUGCUUAGGAUCGUUGCAUCUCAAUUAAGAAGUUAGGGACAUUUUCCAGUCCAGAGGGCACGACUUCGUGAUGUUGCAAAGCCGCUCAAACCACGCCAAUGUAGUUUUUGUUUCUAAGUCGCAUACUUUAUUUUGGAGCUCUUUUCAGUCUUUCCACCCCAAUUUCUCUUUAGGCCGCAUUUGGUUCAUGGGGAAGAAGGCUUGAGAAUGAGAAUUCAAUUGCUUUCCCAUGUUUGGUAAGUUCAAGCAUGGGAAACGGUUUCCUGGCACAUGGGAAAGUAGGAGGAAAAGUGAAGCCCUCUUUUCAACUUGGGAAAGUUUGGGAAAAUGAGCCAACAUUCAAUGCAUAAUUUUCAUGAUUAUUUUGUCCCUAUAAACAAAUUAGAAUUAUAAUGUAUCAUUAAAUGCAUUCUUUUUUUUAUUUGAUUUAA